UUUUAAAUCUCAUGACGUCGCUGUUCACACAAGGUUGACCGGAUGGAGGGUGAUACCGAAACUGUGCGCUCUGAAUUUUGCCCGUAUUUCAGUGAUUAAUGGUCCCGUCUCAGAUGUGAUGGGAUGCAGCACUUCUAGAACUAAGUGGCUGAAGAAAGUAUGUUCGGAUCACAGUGGAGGCAUUAACUGGGUAAGUUUGAGCCCUGACGGAAGAUACUUGCUUACGUGCAGCGAAGACAGAACCGCCCGUCUGUGGAGGACUACGGGACAACAGUGCUGUGUGUUUCAAGGACAUGAAAACUACAUUACCCAUGGUCACCUGGAGAAUGAUGUGGCCUACACAUGUAGUGCCGAUCACACUGUGCGGAAGUGGGACAUUGUGACUGGCUGCUGUACUCAAAUAUUCAGGGGACACACCUCCACUGUUAACAAGGUUCUGGUGACCAGAGGGUGGGUGUUCAGUGGAUCUUAUGACCGCACGGCUCGCUGCUGGAGUUUGGACGGUGGCAGGCCAGCGCAGGAGUUUCGGGGCCACAGAAACAGCGUGCUGGCGCUGGUCCACUUCUCGUCCCAGGACCUGCUGCCUGAGUCCGAGUUGGACAGCGAACAGGGCCGGGACUGCCUGGUCACGGCCAGCUCCGAUUACACCGUGAAGCUGUGGCUGGUGUCGGAGGGCCGCUGCUUCCAGACACUACGCGGGCACAAAGGCGCAGUCCUCUGCAUGGCGCUAGACACAUCCUCAAAGACCCUUUUCACCGGCAGCAGGGACCACACGGUGCGCUGCUGGGAUCUCACCACCGGAGGGCAGACGCGAGUUCUACAGGACCACCAAGGGUCCAUCGUCUGUCUCGAGCUGGGGAACAGACACUUGUACACUGGGAGUGCUGACCGUACGGUUAAGUGCUGGUUGACCGCUUCCGGGAGGUGCAUCCGUACGCUGACUGCACACAAACACACCGUCAGCACCAUCAAGGACCACGAUGGAAUCCUGUUUACUGGAAGUGGAGACUCUUGUGCCAUGGCCUUUGACACCGAAUCUGGAGUCUUGAGAAGAGUCUUCAAGGGACACACAUUUAUCAUCAAUUGUUUACAGGUCCACAACCAGGUGCUGUACACAGUGUCCCAUGAUGGGACGAUGAGGAUAUGGGACGUUCGAGGGUUGUACUGUGACCCCCGGGCCAGCAGGGGGAGCCAUUGCACGGACUCUGCCAGGAGCAGCCUAGCACAAAUGUGCAACAACCGUGUCGGCUGUGCGCAGUCCCUGGACGGGCCCACUAGGGGGCGAAGCUCCCAGGAAGCGUGUGAGAGCAGGGAGAGGGAGGUGCUGGAGCUAAUCUGAUUUUUAUUUUUUUUACCCCUCCCUUCCUUCCUGCAAAAUGGCCACCAGGUUCAGCAGGCCUUCCUGUAAGCUGCCUCCAUCUUUGAGUCACCAUGCGGAGCAUCCACUUGGCUCUGCCACUUACGAGGGAAUGGAGAGAGAGGACUGUAACGUUUAGUUAGGCUCAGCUCAAAAGGACUGGUGAAAAUGAAGGCCGAUGUUCAUGGAGCUGUUGUGGAUGGCCAGCAUCGGCGUGUUCUUGUGCGAUCUUCCAUGUCCUUCCAUGAUGGGUGGGUAUGCCUGGACUGAUGCACUGAAAGGGGGUUAAGCGUGCUGAUGUGUGCUCUCCCAAAUGGAAACCUGACGGUAAAGCUGUGAUAUGGGCAUUGGUCAGGUCUAGCCAUUCCACAGUUGGCAUAAGAAAAAUUUGCCCAAAAAGUUAUUUCAAAGGUACAACCAAAGCUCAAAGCUCUUUAACACCGGUAGAGUUUUGCAGCGUCUUUUCAUGUAAAAGUAUGUGCAAUAGCUAGCCUUCCGCACCAUGAGAUUUGCCCUAGUGUCUAUUGAUCAUAUUAAUUAAAACUUCCCAUACAGCCAAGAGAAGGGCAAGCCGAUAGUGGUGUUACAUACAACUGUUUGACAAUCCACCUUAAUGUGUCUCUGAUUGAUCAGAGUUCAAGCGAUUAAAAUCCCUAAAGUGAUUUUGCUUGACCUCAUUUAGACUAGCCUGAUCAAUAGAGACCCAACAGUACAAAGUAUUUAGAAUGUCACAGCAGAACAUGCCCAUUAUAUCCUUUAAGCGCCAUGGGAACUUUCUGCUGUAAAUUCACAGUUCUAGAACAGUCCUAGUGUGACCGCUCACUGUGCGGCUGAAGGUUGUCGUGAAGGUUGCGUGUUUACGUGUGAUUAAACGUGUUGUUUUCAGAUGGGUAGCCCUCCUGUGCAACUGACUGAAGGUGGGUUGAGUCUGAACUGUGGUUAUAUCUGUGCGGUUGAACAGUGUCAGGAGCAGCUGGGCUGUCAUGUACCUUGAACUGUACUUAUACCUUCUUCCUCCCUCAACACAUUCAUUGGAAAAACUGUACUGCAAAAGGUAAAUAUUUUCUGUACAGCUGUUAGAAAUAGGUCAGCCAAACGCCUACAGAUGGCCAACGAUAAUUGAAUUUAACACUCCAGUUGUAUUGUACUGAGUCAUGAAUUGUGCCUCUGGCUUUCAGUGUUGAAAUCAUCUCUUUAAGACAUCACAGAGGUCAAAGGUCACAACUGGACUGUGGUCCUGCAGGUGCCCAUGCGUUACCUCUUGUCAUGUACAAACCCAUGUAUCUGAGGCGUGGAGCACAGCAAACAUACUACCCUGCUGAAAAAAAUGGCUCAAGCUAGGUUUUGAAGCUGCUGGUAGCUGGUAAUAUCAAGCUGGUCAGAAAUCAGCCACAUUUACAGUGACACACUUACACUUUAUUUAACUGCACAGCUAACCUAAUAAAACGUACUGCGCUGUGCAACAAAGACCAAAGUGGGCGGAAAAAUGCGAACACGCAAGAAUAAACCUAUAACACUGGAUAUCCAUCCUGUUUACUGCUUCUUUCCAUUGUAAUCCUUUUUGAGUUUGGGUGUAGGAUCUGUGAGCUGUUAAAAUAAAUUCUGCACUGAAGUUAAAGUAAAGGUAGUAUAAUACUAAUGGUAAUCUAUGUGACUGAAAAGUGGCAGUACAGCCUCUCUGUUCAGUACUGUAGACGUUCCCUUGCUCUGGUAUGGUUUCACCAUGAAGUAAAGUGUUUCAUUCUAUGCACCCACCGCUGUAUGUUAAACAGAACAUCCUGUGCUUGACCUGUAUUCUGCAUGGUUAAUGUUUCAGAAGAUGGAUUGACUCAUUACCUAUCCUUGGGCUGGCUCAGCUACUGUAGGUCAGACAAGGAUUGAUACUUGGCUUAAAUUAAGCAAUGUAGACAUUAACAUGUUCCAUUGUCUCUGGUGUAUGGUGGGAAAAUAUUUGUUAUUCAAACACUUACCACUAUAGAAGGAGAAUGGUACACUUUAGGUACCAUUUAGGUACUUUAUGAUAAUAAAUAACUCAUAGGUUAGUAUUU